AUCGAAAGCGAAACGGCUGGGAGGAUGUGUGCGUAUGUGUUGGCAUAUCCAAACGCGUGUAGGUGCUGCUGGAAGUGUGACCGAGACUUGAUGGACACGGCGGACGCGGCGGAGAUCUCGCACGUGCAUGCUGACGACGACCAUCACGAUGAGCUGUGCAUGUACAAGUCGGGCAAGUGUAGCGAGAAGCGCUCGUGGAAGAACGGCAAGCAGCUCAAGCUAUGCGACGCGCAUCGAUUAGAACAGAACGCGAUCAAAAUGCGCAGCGACAAGGGCUUGAGUAUGCGCCGCAAGGCUGUUCGGGAAGAGAAGAAGCGGAUCGAACGCAUGCGACACGCGGAAGAGCGCAAGAAGAUGUACUUGGAUGCAUCGUGGACGAUGGGGCAAGCAUCUGGAGCGACGUCGGAGGACACCAGACAGACAGUGCCAUGGAACGGACCGUUUGUUGACAUUGGAGACGACGUGGUCACUGCCAUGUGCCUCCACACGCUGGAGCGGCUCGGCAACGACGUGCUCGUGCCCCUCUAUGAGCAGCAUCCAGAGCUAGACGAUGGUCAGAAAAUAGUCGUCAUGAAGGUGGCCAUGGUGGAGCUACAUAAGAAGAUGAUGCAGCAACUCCUGCACAUGGAGCAAGCCGGAUGGAUCCACUCGACUACAACGUGGUCUCCCACCGCCGCCGAUGCUGACUUGUGUUUGCAUCCGGAUAAUUAGUUUGUUUUAUACGGUACGAUUUGAAAACGUAAGAAGUAAGAAGGGGAGUUAAAAGAAGAAAAAGGAUGGUCAUACUGGGGCUCGAACCCAGGACCCUGGCGUUAUUAGCACCAUGCUCUACCGACUGAGCUUAUACGUGU